AUGACAGCAAUUGAUGAUACAAAGAAAACUACACACUAUUGCUCAUCAUCAAGACAACAGCAAAUAGUUUCAUUUGAUCUUAAAAGAUCAGAAAACUGUUAUCCAGAAAAUUACGAACAUUUAGAGGGAAAAUAUUCCAAAUUUUUAUCAAAAAGAGAGAAAAAUAGAAAGGUAAUCACCUUCUGGUCAGAGGAUGAAUUCGAUCCCACUCAUCUACAAUUAUCUGGUGGGAUGCCUAAUGAAGGUUUUUUCCCCAUUGAAUCAAUUGACCUAAAUGUUUUGAAUUCUCCCAGUUGCAAAAUUAAUAACACGUCUGAUUGUACUACUUCAACUGAUACCGAUAGUUUAUCAAAAAUUCAUGUUACCAAAAGAUUCCCCCAAGAACUCCCUUUAUCUAUGUCACUACAAUAUUCUGAAACACAAGGCAUGAAACCAUUGUUGGAUUUCAUCAAGACAUUCAUUACCAAAUUAAAUAAUACACCACCAUAUAAUGAAACGCUUUAUGAUAUCAUGUUAGCAAAUGGUUCCAGUGAUUCCAUGUUCAAAGUCUUUGAAACUUUAUGUGAUGAGUCUACAACAGUAUUGAUGGAAGAAUUCACUUUUGUACCAGUCAUUUCAAAUGUAAUGGCUACUGGAGCAAAAUGUAUCCCAUUGAAAUUGAACUUGAAUUAUGAAGAUCAAGGUAUUGAUAUUGAAUAUUUAGAAAAUUUAUUAGAUAAUUGGGGGGGAAAGAGUAAUACAAAACACUUAUCUAAACCAAAAAUUUUAUAUACAAUUUCAACUGGACAAAAUCCAAUUGGAGUCACAUUAUCAAUGGAAAAAAGAAGGAAAAUUUAUACCAUUGCACAAAGACAUGAUUUGAUCAUAUUAGAAGACGAUCCUUAUUGUUAUUUGACUUUCCCAAAAUAUAAUCAAAAAAAUAACAACAACGACAAACAAGAUCAAUUAAAUCCAUAUUUUGAUCCAAAUUUUACAAUUGAGGAUUAUUUAAGGGAAAGGUUUUAUAAAUCUUUAAUCACUUUAGAUACUGAUGGUAGAGUGAUAAGAUUGGAAACAUUUUCUAAAAUAUUUGGUCCUGGGUUAAGAUUAAGUUUUAUAGUUGCGAAUAAAUUCUUAAUUGAUAAAUUCGUCGUAUUUUCGGAAUUAUCUUCAAGAGCACCCAGUGGAGUUUCACAAUCUUUUGUAUAUUCCACUAUUCAAGCAAUGACUAAGAAAAGAAUUUCUGAAAUAGUUUGGGGAAAUUUUGAUCAAGUUGAAAUGUUUAAUGAAAUGUAUAAAAGUUGGAUGGAUUGGAUUAUGAAAAUUGCUGGACAUUAUACUCAUAGAAGAAAUACUACUUUAAAAACACUGUAUGCAACUGAAGCAUUUAAAAAUGGAUUAUUUUCAAUCAUCGAACCUUCCGCGGGAAUGUUUAUAAAUUUGGGACUUCAAUUUCCCAAAUUUCAAGAAUAUUAUGAAGACUCAUUUAACAUCAUUGAUCAAAUGAAUAAAUUUGAUAAAGUUUUAACUAAAAAUGGUGUUAAAGUAGUUCUUGGUUAUAAAAUGGCUGUCUCUAAAGAAUUUUCAAAAGAAAAUUGUAAUUUCAUUAGAUUGACUAUUUCGUUUGCUAAAAAUGAUAAUGAAUUAAUUGUAGCAGCAAAUAAAAUUGCCAAGAGUAUACAAACUUUCUUUAAAGGGAUGAAACCAAUCCAAAAUUAA